CGCCGCCGUUAUCGCCGGUCUUCUUCACCGCACUUCCGCUGUAGUUCCUUUCGACGUAUUAAAAAACGUGUUUCACUGCCAAUACAUCGCCCUUGUGGCAUAAGCAUAACAUACACAACCGGAAAGCUUUGAGGAAACUUCGCGUUUUUGUUUUUUUUUUUUCGUGUAACUUUUUUUUUUCUGAGUGCGUGAUAAUAUAUAUAUAACUGACGUGUUGUAUUUUAAAAAUUGAUUUUAAAAUGAAAACAGUUUUUUAUUAAAAGUCCAAUUGAAGAACACAAUGUAUAACAUUUGCUUCAUAUUUCUGAAAAGUAUUUUGUAAUAUUAUGCUGUCAAAAGACACGUACUUUACGGACAUGGUUGGCAAUAUUAUUGUAGUCACGCUGCUUAUAAACGUACCUGGAUUUUUGGCUUCAGAAAGACGACACAGUCGCCAUGCAUCAGUCGGCGGAGGAUCGAUUAACCAGCUAGACACAAAUUCCACAGCCUCCAGAAAAUUUUUACAAGAAUUCUUGCAAGAUAUACCACCUCCAAUCGAAGGGCCUUUAUUCGACAAAACAGUUCCAAACAAUGUAACUGGAUUAGUAGGCAGAACAGCUUAUCUUCACUGUAGAGUGAAGAAUCUAGGAAAUAGAACUGUGUCUUGGGUUCGUCAUCGGGAUAUUCAUUUGCUUACAGUGGGAAGGUAUACAUAUACAAGUGAUCAACGCUUUGAAGCAAUGCACGAACCACACUCAGAUAAUUGGUCACUGCGUAUAAAAUACCCACAAAAGAAAGAUUCCGGCUUAUACGAAUGCCAGAUCAGUACAACUCCACCCAUUGGACAUCCAAUUUAUUUAACCGUAUUAGAACCCACUACCAAAAUCAUAGGCGGUCCAGAGUUGUACAUUGGCCAGGGUAGUACUAUAAACCUCACCUGUUUGGUGCAAUUCGCCCCAGAACCGCCACCCACAGUUGGAUGGACGCACGAGAAACAACCCAUAAAUUUCGAUUCACCGCGAGGCGGGAUAAGCCUAGUAACGGAAAAAGGAUCGACCACCAGCAGCAGAUUAUUAAUUCAAAAGGCGUCGUCUUCAGAUACCGGCUACUACUCCUGCGAUCCGUCAAAUGCAAAUUCGGCUACCGUCAGGGUUCAUAUUUUAAAUGGUGAGCAUCCAGCCGCAAUGCACCAUGGACAAGGGAGCAUUCCACUAUGUCCACCAAUUGUAAGCGCAAUGAUAGUGCCACUUUUGCUCAUCUUCACUGCCAGAGAUCUAUAGUUACGACUAUGAACGACUUCAAUAAAAAUGUACAAUUUGUAAUAAAAAAAAUCUAUAGAGUUUAUCGUCAUAGGAUUUAGUCUAUGUUCACUCUUAUAAGUCUCAAGCUCAACAAUGGUUAAACCGGGGACUCGAGUACUUGAAGUUUUAUCACUACUAAUAGUGAUAAGGGUUAGAAAUUAAAAGAAAUCGAUUAAAGUAUGAUUUGGCACUAAAAAUAAAAUUGUAAUAUGAAAUAUACUAGAAAAACCAAUUGUUUAUUUAUAACAAUUUAUCCAACUUAUCAUUAUAAAUACCGAAAACAAUCCUUAAUAAAAUCAAUAAUUUUUUCAACAAUAUACGUCCAUUAAUUUCUUUGUUAAACAAAUUGCAUUUUUUUAUUAUUUAAAACUUUUUUUGUUAAUUAUACAAAAUAUUUAUUAAUUUGAUCAAUUUUUUAUUCUUCUGACAAAAAUAAUGGUUGAAUUACACAAAAAGUUAUGAUUCAUUUAACAAAAAGUAUAUUAGACGCUUAACGUAUAUAUUGUUUUACUAGACAAUUUUUUUCAGUAAAGAUAUUAAUAA